AUGCCGUCUCUUCAAUAUUUGUAUAUAACCGUUCAACAUGAAAAAUGUAUCAAAGAACCAUAUUUAAAACAUCCACAACCUCAAAUUGAAUUUUGUGAAAAAGAUAUUCGCCAAAUGACUGAUGCAAGUCGACUUCGAACUGUUGUUCUACGUCAUAUGGCUCUUCAUAAUGUAAUAAUUCUAAUCCGUUCUCUCAAUAUGCCUUUGUUGGAGAAAUUAAUACUUGUUGAAAUAUUUCAUGAAACACUUGAACAUUACGAAGAGUUUCGUCAGAUUAUUAAUCGAAAAUAUUUACCUUGUUUGAAACAAUUUCACUUUCUCCUUCGCUUUCCUGAAUAUCUUCAUGAAGAAUUUCAACAAAAAGAACAAGAUCUUCCUUGUUACGGUAUCUGUAAAAAAAAGACAAGAGUCAUUCUUCUCUACACUUUACCAUUGGAUAUAUUACUACAAUAUACAUGUAUAAUUUACAGUCAUUCAUUUGCACAGCAUUCAUUGCAAAUCAAUCGAGAUCGAAUUGGAUGGAAGUGUAAUGAGAUACACAAUGUUACUCAGUUCACCGAUACCUUCAAUAAACUGGCUACUGGAUAUGUAGAUACACUUGUUGUACAAUUCUACGAAAUGAAAGUAAUCAAGCGAUCGGAACGUGCUUACAUUAUUGAUCAAAUACUUCAAAUGUCGCCUUGUCUUUUACAACUCACUGUAGAAUGGGAAGAUUUAUCUCUUUGCUCACAUUCCAAUACAAAUGUGAAACAUUUACGUCUUGAACUAAACAAAAGUAGUAAAGAUCCAAAUACAUACAUUCAUAUUGACUUUCUCGUUCAAUUAUUACCUCGUAUAUGUUGUUUCGAAACUAGUGGACGUUAUUUAUACUUCAAUGAAAAUCUCGUCCGAUUUGUGAUAAAGAUUAUCGAUACAAUUGAUCGACUUGUUCAAUUGAUUAUCAAUAAAUAUAGUUUACUACGACGUAACCCAAAAGUUGAAGCAUCAAUUGAAGAAGCAAUAUUCAAGGGUGGUAAUGAACAACUGUUAAAUUAUAAGAUAUGUCAAAUACGUUUUCCAAGUUGCACCGAACUUCGAAUUUGGUUAUCAUAG